UUAAAACAAGCUGAAUUCUUUUGUGGACUUAGAAAGUGGAAAAUCUGAAGUUGUAAAAAUCUAUAUCUGAAGCUUUCCUGCAAAAUAUUGAUUUACAUUUUUCUCUUCAAUGUCUCCCUCAUUAUUGGAAACAACACGAGCAGUGACUGCUAAUAUGAAGUAUAUGGAUGUGCAACUUUCCUAAUAAGCUGUCUCUCUUGGAAUCCAGAUGAAUUCUAAGCAGUUUAAUCUGUCCGGGAUGGAUAAUAUGGUCACCAAACUUGUGCUCAAUAUGCAGCGUAGUCGAAAAUCUGGACAAUACACGAUGAACCGUGGCAAUUCUAAUGAAAAAAUAGCAUUUAACCGUUCUGGGUCACAAGACUCAUUGGAUGAUCUGUCUUUGGAAGACUACUGGAUAGAAGUUGAAGAUAUUAAGAAAAACACAGAUAACAGCAGUCAGGAAGAACAAGCAGUUGUUGUUAAAGUGCCUGAUGAAGGAGAGCAAGAAGAGGAAUGGCUGAAGGAAGCGGGUCUUUCCAUUCUAUUUGGGGAAAGCACUGCUGACUCCCAAGAAAGCAUGGUGUUCCUGUCUACGCUAACACGCACGCAGUCGGCAGCAGUGCAGAAACGGAUAGAUACAUUCACACAGACCUUACGGAAAAAAAACAAGCAACACCAAAUCCCUGAUGUCAGAGAUGUUUUCCGGCAGCCGCAAGAGUUAAAGAAAAAAGAUGAAGAUCUGAAUGGAUUUGAAUCAACUGAAACCAAAAAUGGAGAUCUUAAUGACAAAUCAGAUUGUACAGCACAGAACAAUGAUUCAAAGGAAGAACUAACUGUUCCUGAGGAAUCUCCUGUUCCAGUAACUGAUAUCAACUUAGAAAUUUCAUUUGCUGAGCAAGCUUCAAAUCUAAAGGAGUUUUCCGUUGUCAAAAAUGAAAAAGAAGAUGAUUCUUUGCUACCCAAUUUCAGGGUUCCACAAGACAAAACAGGUAUCACAAAGGUUGGUGAUUUGGCUCCUCAAGAUAUGAAGAAGGUGUUAUCCUUGGCAUUAAUUGAGCUGACGGCAUUAUUUGAUGUACUUGGCACCGACCUUAAACUGCAAAGAGCUGCAAAAUUAAAAUUCAGAGAGUCGGGCCUGUUUAAAGUGCCUUUGACUACUUUACUAGAACAGGAUCAGAAAAGAGUUCCUGGAACCCGUGUGCCUCUGAUAUUUCAAAGUCUGAUACAUCAUAUAGAAAAUGAAGGACUAGACACAGAAGGGAUUUUGAGAAUACCAGGUGUUUCUACUAGAAUAAAGGCUCAAUGCCAAGAACUGGAAGCCAAGUUUUAUGAGGGAACAUUCAACUGGGAUACAGUGAAGCAGCAUGAUGCAGCCAGUCUUUUAAAGUUCUUCAUCCGAGAGCUCCCUUUGCCUUUACUAACAGUGGAAUACCUGAAAGCUUUUCAUUCUGUCCAGUAUCUUCCAACAAAAAAGAAUCAGCUUCAGGCACUGAAUCUCCUUGUUAUCCUUCUUCCUGAUGUACACAGGGAUACCUUAAAGGCUCUGCUUGAAUUCUUACAAAGGGUUGUGGAUCACCGGGAGCAGAACAAAAUGAUUCUUAGAAAUGUGGCAAUGGUUAUGGCUCCCAAUCUUUUCACAUUGCACAACUCACAGCCAAGAACUGUGGAUCAAGUCGUUUUAGCUAGUGCAGCCCGUACAGCUUCUGUGAUGCUUCUUAUGAUUAAAUAUCAAAACCUCCUGUGGACGAUUCCAAAGUUUAUUGUUGGCCAAGUAAGACAGCAAAAUACCGCCAACCAGAAGAAAUUAACGAAAGAAAAGGCUAUGAAAAAGAUAUUGAAACGGAUGGCGUACGAUCGCGAGAAGUAUGAGAAAGCAGAGAGGAGCUUGAAUGAUAGUGAUGUGCCUCAGGGAUUCAUACGGGUUCAAGCCCCACAAUUUUCCAAAGUUUCAAUGGCCAUACAACUAACCGAAGAACUUAAAGCUGGAGAUAUUCUAGCCCGGUUUCUCAGCCAAGAUGGCGGAACCUCAAGAAAUAUAAAGAAAGAGGAAGUUUGCCUAUAUGAAAUUGGAGGAAACAUUGGGGAACGCUGCCUGGAAGAUGGCACCUAUAUGAAGGACCUGUCUCAACUCAAUCCCAGUGCUGAUUGGGUUAUAAAACCCAAAUCCAAUGUAUGAGAUACUAAUAGUCACAAAAUCAAAGAUUUCUGUUAUUUAAUUAAAUAUUACUGCACAAGACUUUAUUACCAUAAAAAUAUGGAUGUACUUCAUAAUAAAAUCAAAUGUGCAUGAUUACUUUGUAAUCAUUAUGAAGAUGAACAAUUUUUUGCUAUUACUGCCAAUGAGGACAACAGUGCAGAAUGGAACUCCUAUUACACAUAUCUAUCAAUGUUAACUGUGUCUUAUUUCAUUGUAUACAGAAAAUAUAUAUUAGUAGAGCUGGCACCUACGUAUUUCUGUACUUUUUUUUUUUUUUUAAUAGCUAUGACAAAAUAUAAACCAGCAAUAAAUAUUUGCCUUAGAAUGAGAUAGCUUUAAAUGAAUAAUUUAUACAGUUUCACAGCCUUAAUAAAUACUGACCAAUUCUCUGUGAUUAAAAACUGUAAUGUUUUUUUGUUUAAUGUAAUAUUUUCUAUUUUACUUUAAACUUUUGAAGGAUAUCCUGUAGGAAGUAUUUUGUAUAGAUUUUUUUUGUGUUUAUAUUUGUAAAUAUGUCCUCAUCUAUGUAUAUGGUCAGAUUUGGUUUCGAUUUGAGAACUUCCUCAUCUAAAAUAUCUUACGCAAGUGACCCGUAGUCAGUGACGAUUCCUUCCAUUUGUUUAAUGAAAGAAAAAUGUAUUGGUUCAACCUAAUAAUUUAAAUCUAGGUAUCCUACAUUUGAAUUCUGUAUAAUGCACAGUUUUUUUGUAAAAUAACUGACAUGACAAACAUUUAUGUCAAUUUUGUUUAUUGUUUUAAAACAAUGUAUGCAAGAAUCUACAUCAUAUCUAUAUGAUUGUAAAUGUUUGAUUAAAUUAGAACAUUGUUUAUUGUGCAAGUGCACACUAAAAAGGUACAAUCAUUAGUGUGCAUAUUCUCUGUAUAACAUGGUACACGAAUUCAAAUUUCCUGUUAAAGGGAUAUGAACAGCCAUCAAGAAUAUAUUCUUCUUAAGGUUAUAUGUUAUUUAUAAAAUCGGCUAUAUUCCAAAAUUAAUGUGAAUACCUUUUGCUGAAUCAUUGCUUGGAAGGAGGUAGGUAUGUUUAAUACAACUCCUGUUUCUAUAGACUCAGGGGUUGUAAAAAAACUAAAUCUGAGUCAGGCAGAAAAUUGAUAGGGCUGACCCUUCAUUCUCUAAGAAAGCAGCACUUAAGGAUGCCUUCAGGAUCAUUAACAGCAGGAACACUCUGUAUCUAUUGAGUAUGUAUUAGCUUUAAUGAAGAAGCCAAUGUGUUAACUGGUUAUCAAUAUGACUUAAAUCUUAAACAAAUCUAAUGUCUCUAAUGAUAAAGUAAUGGGUCAUUUUUGUUUUUAUUCAUCUUAAUAAAACUAGGCUUUACCCAUUUAUCGUUGUGCUGUUCCACUUUAGAUAACCAACACCCUCUUGUACUAUAUUAUAAGCAGAUGUUAUUAUUUUGUCUUGUUGCAUCACUGUGACUUUGUAUAUCAUGACUGUGACAUUCAUAUGUAUAUAAAAUAGAUAUAUACUCAAAACAAA